UGUGCCAAAAUAUUUAUGGUUAUGUUUAUUCAACUUUUAUUUACUUUCUUAUCAGUUUUAAAUUUCACAUUAAAUACCUAUAUUGUUAAAAUGUUAAGUUCUGUUUUAUUGAAUAAUUCGUUCUUAAAUUUCUAAACAAUGUAUUCGAAUGGGUUAAUUUUAAAUUUUCGUCAAAUACUUAAACCGAAAACCUUGAGAUUUAUAUCCACUACUUUACCGAGUGCAAAAUUCAAAAAUGAGAGUGGAAGUACGCUUAAUAUUUUUGAUCGAAAUACCAAAAAUCUUCAGCGACAAAGGGCUGCGAUAGCAGAGGACGUUAAUCUUUAUGAUUACCUGAAGGAUGAAAUUGGGUUCCGAUUAGCUGAUAGAGUAUUUGAUAUCAAAAGAAAAUUUAAACUAGCUGCUGAUAUCGGAUGUAAUAGAGGAUAUAUUUCGAAACAUAUCUCGCCUGAUUCUGUUGAGGAACUUAUACUAUGUGAUGUAAGUCAAAAAAAUUUAGAUACUGUUUCGGUUAUGGAUGGUAUCAGAGUUAGAAAACAAAUCUUAGACGAGGAAUAUAUUGAGUUUGAACCAAAUACUUUAGAUUUGGUUGUAUCAUGUUUAAGCCUGCAUUGGGUAAAUGAUUUACCUAAAGCAUUCAAAAAGAUUUUGGAAAGUCUUAAGCAAGAUGGUGUGCUUUUGGCAGCCGUUUUUGGGGGUGAUACACUUUAUGAACUUCGUUCGUCUUUGCAAUUGGCUGAAUUAGAAAGGAGAGGAGGAUUGUCUCCUCAUAUAUCUCCUUUCACAGAAGUUAGAGAUAUAGGAAGCUUACUUACAAAUGCUGGUUUUACUAUGCUCACAAUUGAUACUGAUGAGAUUGUUGUUAACUAUCCGACAGUUUUUGAGCUCAUGUGGGAUUUAAAAGGUAUGGCUGAAAGCAAUGCUGCCUUAAAUCGUUCUGUUCAUUUGCAAAGAGAUGUUCAGUUUGCAGCAGCUGCAAUAUAUGAGCAACUUUAUGGCAAAACAGAUCCUGAGACGGGAAAGGUCACAAUUCCUGCAACAUUUCAGAUAAUCAACAUGCUGGGUUGGAAGCCGCAUCCUAAACAACCCAAACCAAUCGAACGAGGUACGGGCGAAGUGUCAUUAAAGGAUCUGUACAAGUUGGACGAAAUUAUCAAAGAAAUCAAAACUGUGAAGAAUGACUCUGAAGGACGUUAGUUAUGUUUUCGAAGUAUUAUUAUGUAAUUUAAUUAAUAAACGACUGGAUUGUUGGAAAAGUGAUAAAUAAAAACCUCGUUAAUUUUG